AUGGAGCUGUACUGUCUUCCUACUGAGACCCCCACCACUGCCAGCUCCUGCUCCACGGAUCCCCUCUACGACAACUGCCCUCCCUUCGCCCAGCGGGAGAAGGCCAAGGAGAAGGAAAUGGAGAGCAGGGUGGUGUGCCCUUUGGUAACCAGACUCCCGGGCCCCGGCAGCCCUCUGCCCGCUCUGGUCCCGGCUUUGGCUGAGGUUCAGACAGUGGUUGCAGGAGGAAGAGGGCCUGGCGCCUCGCCAGGUCGCAGCUACCGCAGCUGCAGAAGAGCUCUGGAAAACCAGCCCUGGGAAGCAGAGCUGAGGCCAGGCAUAAACAACGCAGGAGGAGGGAAGGGAUGCGACUGGGGAAUUGGGGACAGGGCCCGUCAGAGCCAGAGCCCCAGCCCCUCGCAGAGCGAGGAGCAUCGCAGCGCUCUGUCCCUGUACGACAACCUCCCCGACGCCGACACGACAGACACACUCCAGCAGGACUUCGACAUGGAAGCAAGCUUCCAGGAACACUUGCAGGACAUGAACGAGGCAUGGGCCCCCGAACAGCUCCGGGGACUGACGUGGGAUGAUGCCGUGGGUCACGACCAGAGCCCUUGGUCUUCUUGUCAGAUCACCCACGGCAAGAGCUGUGUAAGUAAGCAGGACCAGAAUCAAGACGAAGACAAGGAGCCAGACCAGGAGCCCAAGCUGGACUCAGGAAGUUGUGGAUUCGUGAUGGAUCCCGAGCUCUCCGGGUCACUUCUGGCGAGUCCCCGGCAGAUAGCCAGGUGCCCGGUUCUGCGGUGCCCGGCUGAAGCCCAGCACCCACCACCGCCUCCGAGGGUACCGCCCCCGGUUCCCCUCGCCGAUCCCUCCGCCAGCGCUCUGCGAAGCCUCCUCACCAGCCUCCAGCAGCAGAUCAUCAGGCAAAGGGAGGAGUACGAGGCCCGGAUUAUCAGCCUGGAGCAGAGGAAUGAAGAGCUGCAGGUAGAAGUCGUCCGCUUGAAAACAAACCUCACCCAGCAGCGCCACUGGUACCAGGCUGUCCAGGCCAAGAUCGUGGAGUCCGAGAGGGCCCGAGACGCCGCCGAGUUCCGCAACGCAACGCUCCAGAAGGACAUGGAGCAGUUCUUUGACACCUUCGGGGAGCUCAACAGCGAGGCCAAGAAGACGGAAUACAUCGUCAAGAGCUUUUGAGAGAGAUCAAAUUUAGUGCUGGAUGAUGUGGAGGGUGUGUGCACUGAGAAGGGAAAAGAGGUGAUGGCUGUCAUAAUAUGCAAUUGUAUCAUUUGAACUUUCAAGUGAAUACGGCAAUUGCACAAAACCAAACCAAUGAAAGAAUCACUGAUGUCCACUUUAUUUGUUUUGAGAAUGGGUAAAAUAUGUUGGCCAGGUGAUCUUACUGUGGUCACUGCAAUCACAGAGAGGAAAUCUUUGAUGUACAGUCCUGAUCUGCUUAGAGUUUAGAGGGCGAGUUGGCCACUCCUCAGGUCAUUUAAGGCAUAACAGAAAGAAUAAACUCAUGGUUCUAUACAACGAGGUGCUUCAGUCUUCAGAGACUCAUAGUGUCAUAUUUCUGCAUGUCCAUCACACUGUGCAAUCAUUAAUGCAAAAAAAACAAAACAAACAGCAGCUCUUCAGUCCAUUUCCAUGGUUCAUCUUUUAAGUUUCAAUCUUGAGUUGCUAGAUCCAGAUUCUGGUUCAGGACUCAGGACACAUUCUCAGUCACUCUAUUAAACCGCAUGUCAUAGACUUUUACUUUACAAACAGGGUAACUGCUGUCUUUAAGUAUGACUGAAAGAACAUUUAAAAAAAAAAAAAAAAGAGUGCUGCACAGUACAUUUUGAUAUCAUAUACACACAGAGGCUUACAAGGCAAAAUAUACAUAGUUUUUCAGUCAGGCUCUGAGAACUGAGAGCAUCAAGGUACUAAAAGUGAGAGAGCAAACCUGAACGGAUAUCUCCUUAUAACAAAACCUAUGGCAUCGAAUCCUCGUGGAGACUUCAUGCGGGUUAAACAUGACUGCUGUGUUUUACUGCCUCUCACAUGUCCUCGACAUGUUGUCUGAUUUCAGGAUUAAAUCGUGACUUUGCCAGCUCUAAUGGAAUGGUUUAGAAAAGGAGCAGCCCGUGCUUUUAUUUGCCAAUGAAAGGCUUUCGUGUGAGGCUGAAUUUUCACGGGCUUCAGUGCGGUUUUGUGUGCAACAUUUUGCAAAAACAAACUAACAAAUACACGUGCCAUUAUGCCACUUUCCGAUUUCUAGGCUUAUGAUCUGAUCAGCACUGACAUUCCGUACCUUAAGUCAAAUGGGGGUGAUUGAGAUAUACAUCUAUAUAAGGUUCUUACAGAUAUUUGUCUUGACACAACGAGCACACCUUAUCUAUUUGUAAGGAAAAGGUCUACAACAACUACUGAGGGUCAUAUCUUGACAUCUUUACAUACAGUACGCUAUUUCAGGAAAUAAAACUGUAACACUGCAAACACAGCUUACCUUGCUGUCAGGAGUAAAAGCUCAAAAUCCAC